AUGUCACACGUCUUCCUGAACAUAUUAGUUACAAAGCUUAGAUCAGACCAGGCAUUUAAGCAUAUUGCCUUCAUCGGCAAUAGGUACUUGCCUGCUCUUACUAAGUCUUAUUUCUCAUAUCUCACAUUCCCAGUAUUUAAAGACGUUUCCGGUUUAACAGUAUACAAAUGCACAUUCAAACAUGGCGUAGCAUCGGUGAUUAAUGUACAAGGAAAUCCGUGGGAAACAACACAAAAGAGACCACAAGACCUUUAG